CUCCAAAGUGUUACUCAGAGGGUUUUCCCCAGUUCCUCCAGCAGAGGGCCUGUAGUGUUUACAGAAACCCGAUGAUGAGCAUGCUCUGACCGGCUGUGAUGCAGGGAGGGGGUGCUUCUUUUCCUGUUCAUCCCCGGCAGUAUCCGGAGCCGGUGGGCAGUGCAGACCCCUGAAGAUACAGACAGCCUGCUGAUGCUGACCGAAGGGUGCGAUAGGUGCCCUACUGUUGGAGAGCAGCGUCAUAUUUUGUAUUUUUUGCAGGAGCCAAGCCGCUACAGAGCGUCAGAUAAGGUCAAAGAACAGGCCUUCUUUGUCUGCAAAACCUCAGUGAAUGCAGGAGAAGAGUCAGACAACAAUAGUCGAUUUUAUUCUCCGGAAAACAAGUGGGAUUUGCUUUCUGUGCUUUCAGUUUGAGGUCCAGUGUGCUGAGAUUUCGCCUCUUUAAGAACACUUCUACAAACAGAUUCCGUUAAGGCAUUAAGUCAUCUAUUGGUCGGUGGGAUUAAAGAGACAAAGCAGCAGCUGUUGAGGCAGGACUAUGCGCAGACAUACUGUGACCUGCUCAAGAUCUGCUUAUGAGUGUUUAUGGGCUUACUGCCAGGGAUGACAUCGAGAGGGAGAGAGGUGAUGCAAUUUGGUGAAAGCUGUCACUAUUAAUUAACGACUGAGGCCUUGCUUGACGCAUCUGUAGGGUGGGUUCUGUUUACAUAGCAUACUGGAAAUCACCGAGAGAGAUAAGCGGCCUUUGUAAACAAACCCAUCUCUGCAUCCCCCGAUACCGACGUGUUUCUGCAGGUAGAUGCUCUUUUCUCUGGCGCUCUUCCUGUUGAGGCUCUACAGACAUUUGUCCAUCAUGUUCAGCUCAGACAGACUCACAGUCCCGGAGUAUGUUAGCCGGCUGCAGAGAGCGAGGAGCGGCUCCGGCUCGGUCCCCAGAGCGGUCUCUCCGGGCAUCAAUGCUGACGUCCAGGAGGUUUUGGAUACCUCACUCCCCGCCCUGCGUUCCGCCAUCAGGAGGCUGAAGUCAUCCAAGGAAACCUCUGAUUCAGAUGAGACCCGCAGUGCCAUCGCGGAGAUCUUCCAGCUGGUGGAGGAGGCCUGGGUUUUGCCAACUGUAGGCCGUCAGGUGGCCGAGGAGAUCUGCAACAGGAUCCGGCUAGAUGGAGGCCUGGAGCUGCUGCUGCAGCUUCAACAGACACCUGCUGUGGAGAUCACCUAUGAGUCUGCAAAACUGCUGGAGCAGAUACUCAUCUCAGAGAACAGAGAUUAUUUAGCACGUAUGGGUCUGGGGGUCAUCCUCAACCUGACUCGACAGCAGGAAGACGCACAGCUGGCUCGCAGUGUCUCGGGGAUCCUGGAGCACAUGUUCAAACACACCGAAGAGACAUCCAUCCACCUCAUCACUAACGGUGCCCUGGAUGCCCUCCUCUUCUGGUGCCGAGGUACAGAUCCCACCGUGCUGCGCCACUGUGCUGUGGCACUAGCAAACUGUGCCAUGUACGGAGGCCACCGCUGCCAGCGAUGGAUGAUUGAGAAACAGGCGGCUGAGUGGCUUUUCCCACUGGCUUUCUCCAAAGAGGAUGAACUCAUUCGCUUCCACGCGUGUCUGGCUGUGACUGUGUUGGCUGCAAACCGAGAAAUCGAGAAAGAGGUGGUGAAAUCGGGAACCUUGGAGCUGGUGGAGCCAUUCAUUGCAUCUUUGGAUCCGGAUGACUUUGCCCGCAGUUUAUUGGACAGUGCAGACUGCAUGCAGGGUAAGACAGCAUCUGAUCUGCAGCAUCUUUUGCCAUUACUGGACGGCACAAGACUGGAGGGAAAGUGCAUUGCAGCCUUUUACCUUUGUGUUGAGACCAGCAUCAAGUCUCGUCAGCGCAACACUAAGAUAUUUCAAGAGAUCGGAGCAGUGCAGAGCCUAAAAAGAAUUGUCAUGUACUCCAGUAAUGGCACGGCCUCUUCCCUCGCCAAGCGGGCACUGAGUAGGAUGGGGGAGGAAGUGCCGAAACGUAUCCUGUCAUGCGUGCCCAACUGGAAAACCUGCGAAGUGCAGACCUGGUUGCAGCAGGUUGGCUUUAGUGCCUAUUGUGACCGUUUCCAGGAGCUCCAGGUGGAUGGAGACCUCAUGCUGAAAAUCACAGACCAGGAUCUGAGCACUGACCUGGGCAUGACUGCAGGCCUCACUCGCAAGAGGUUUUUGAGAGACUUACAUGUGUUGAAGACUUAUGCCAACUACUCCACAUGCGACCCAAACAACAUGGCUGACUGGUUAGUUGAGGUGGACCCUCGUUUCCGUCAGUACACCUACGGCCUGGUCCAGUCAGGAGUGGAUCGCAACAGUGUCCAGAGCCUGACCGAUCAGCAGCUCCAGCACGACUGCCACAUAGACAACGGAGUCCACAGAGCCAAGAUACUGUCUGCUAGCCGCAGGCCCUUAAAACCGUGCCACACAGACGCCCAGCCUGCAGGGCCCGACGUGUUCAUCAGCUACCGUCGGACUACCGGCUCCCAGCUGGCCAGCCUUCUGAAGGUGCACCUGCAGGUUCGUGGAUACAGCGUCUUCAUAGAUGUGGAGAAGCUGGAGGCCGGUAGAUUCGAGGACAAAUUGAUUCAGAGUGUACAGAGGGCACGUAACUUCAUCCUGGUCCUGUCCACCAAUGCGCUUGACAAGUGCAUGGGUGACACUGCCAUGAAGGACUGGGUGCAUAAGGAGAUAGUAACAGCCUUGGCUGGUAAGAAAAACAUAGUUCCUGUCACAGAUAAUUUUAUGUGGCCCGACCCCAUGUCUCUGCCGGAGGACAUGAGAGCAAUUCUCAACUUCAACGGCAUCAAAUGGUCCCAUGAAUAUCAGGAGGCCACGAUCGAAAAGAUCCUACGCUUUCUGAUAGGACAGCAAGACCAAAUCGACUGCCCAGACGCCUCCAAAGGGCAGAAAACUAAAUAAAAUGACAUAAACAGA